AUGAGGACGCACACACUUUGGACCGUAGCUCUGCUGGGCCUGCUGCUCUGGGCCUCCUGCAGCCAGGCGGACGACUCCCACCCAGAAGAAACACAAGGAGACUCCUCGGAGGAGACGGAGGACACCGAAGCGGCGCCCAAAAAAGAGAAAACAACUGAGAUAGAACAGGAGAACAACGUGAUGGUUCUCCACGACAAAAACUUUGACAGAGCUCUCAGCGAGAAUCAAUAUCUACUGGUUAAAUUCUAUGUUCCCUGGUGUGGCCACUGUAGAAGCCUGGAACCCAUUUACGCCGAGGUCGCCGGGAAGUUGAAGGAGGAGGGGGAGGCGACGCGCUUGGCCCAAGUGGAGGCCACCGAGGAGGAGGAGCUGUCCAUGGAGUUUGAAAUCAAGAGCUACCCGACUCUGAAAAUGUUCACGAACGGAGACCGCAAGAACCCCAUGGAUUACACCGGUCCCAGGACGGUGCCGGGAAUGUUGCAGUGGAUCAAGCGCUCCACAGGCCCCGGCGCUCCGGUGCUCGACACGGCAGAGUCGGCAGCUCAGUUCAUCGAGUCCCAUCGCAUCACUGUCAUAGGAUUCUUUGAUAAUCUGGAGAGUGAGGCUGUGAAGGCGUUCAAGACGCUUGUUUUGACCCUUUCUGACACCGAGUUUGCUCUUACAACGAGCCCAGAGGUUUUCCAGAAGUACGGAGUCGAAGCCAACUCAGUGGUGCUCUUCAAAAAGUUUGACGAAGGCAGAGCGGACUUCCCGUUGUCAGAAGAAGGGGAGCUGAAGCCAAAAGAUCUGAUCACCUUCAUUAAGCAAAACAGCCUGGAGCUGAUCAUCAAAUUCAGCAUGGAGACAGCAGACAAUAUCUUCAACUCUGGCAUCCCGCUGCACGGCCUCCUCUUCAUCAACUCCUCUGUGGAGAGUCACGCGGCCCUGGUGGACCAAUCCAGGCCCAUCGCCAAAGAGUUCAAGGGCAAGAUGCUGAUGGUUGUGAUUGACGUAGCAGCGACCGUGUCUAAUGUGCUCAACUUCUUCGGCACAUCCGCAAAAGACGCCCCCACCGUGCGCCUCAUCAACAUGGACACGGGGAAGAAGUUCGCCGGCGACUUCACCGUGGCGGCUCUGAGGCAGCUGUGCCAGGAUGUGGUUGACGGCGUCGCCAAGCCUUACUUAAAGUCUGAGGGCAUCCCAGAGGACUGGGAUAAAGAGGCAGUCAAAGUCCUGGUGGGGAAGAAUUUUGCAUCCGUCGCUCUGGACCCGACCAAAAACGUCUUCGUGGAGUUCUAUGCUCCAUGGUGUAAACACUGUCAGGAUCUGAGCCCCAUCUGGGAACAGCUGGGCGAAAAGUACGCCGACAGCGAUGACAUCAUCAUAGCCAAGAUGGAUAGCACGGCCAACGAGGUGGAGUCUGUCACCAUCGAGGGAUUCCCAACUCUCAAAUACUUCCCAGCCGGCGACAAAGAGGUGGUCGACUACUCUGGACAGAAGGAUCUGGAGACCUUGUCUAAGUUCCUGGACGAUGGAGGAGUGUUGCCUGAGGCCGAGACAUUGGAGGAUGAAGAUGAGUUUGACGAUGAUGAUGAUGAGGACGUUGCCGAGUCUGCAGAGGUAGCGACCAACACAACAUCUAAAGAUGAGCUGUGAUGUCACUUUUUUUUCUUUUUCGACCUUACCAUUUUUCUUAAUAAAAUGAAUUUGGGUUACAAA